GGCGGGAGGUGGUGGCCGCGGUCCCACGAGAGGAGGUAUUUUUCGUCAGCCAAGAUGGCUUCCAAAAGGAGAAAUAUGAGCUGUAGUGAAAGGCAUCAGAAAUUAGUAGAUGAAAACUACUGCAAGAAAUUACAUGUCCAAGCGCUAAAAAACAUCAACAGUCAAAUCAGGAAUAGAAUGGUGCAGAAUGAAAAUGAUAACCGUGUUGAGCGCAAGCAGUUUCUCAGAUUAUUACAAAAUGAACAAUUUGAGUUGGAUAUGGAAGAGGCCAUUCAAAAGGCAGAAGAAAACAAGAGAUUGAAAGAACUCCAGCUCAAACAAGAAGAAAAACUGGCUAUGGAAUUGGCAAAACUAAAGCAUGAAAGUCUAAAGGAUGAAAAGAUGAGGCAACAAGUAAGAGAAAACAGCAUUGAGCUCAGAGAAUUGGAGAAGAAAUUAAAAGCAGCUUACAUGAAUAAAGAAAGGGCAGCUCAGAUUGCUGAAAAGGAUGCCAUUAAAUAUGAACAAAUGAAACGUGAUGCUGAAAUAGCCAAAACCAUGAUGGAAGAACACAAGAGAAUAAUAAAGGAAGAGAAUGCCGCAGAAGACAAACGAAACAAAGUGAAAGCACAAUACUAUCUUGACUUAGAGAAACAACUUGAAGAACAAGAAAAAAAAAAGCAGGAAGCUUAUGAGCAGUUGCUAAAAGAGAAACUCAUGAUUGAUGAAAUUGUUAGGAAGAUCUAUGAAGAAGAUCGGUUGGAAAAACAACAAAAGUUAGAAAAAAUGAAUGCAAUGCGAAGGUAUAUAGAAGAGUUUCAGAAAGAGCAGGCUCUCUGGAGAAAAAAGAAACGUGAGGAGAUGGAAGAAGAAAACAGAAAAAUCAUAGAGUUUGCUAACAUGCAGCAGCAAAGAGAAGAAGAUCGGAUGGCAAAAGUUCAAGAAAAUGAGGAGAAAAGGCUACAGCUUCAGAAUGCGUUGACACAGAAAUUAGAAGAAAUGCUGCGGCAACGUGAAGAUUUGGAACAAGUGCAACAAGAAUUAUACCAGGAAGAACAAGCUGAAAUAUAUAAGAGGAAGCUAAAAGAAGAAGCAGAAAAGAAACUGAGAAAGCAAAAAGAGAUGAAGCAAGAUUUUGAAGAACAAAUGGCCUUGAAGGAAUUAGUACUACAGGCUGCAAAAGAGGAAGAGGAGAACUUUAGAAAAACUAUGCUAGCUAAAUUUGCUGAGGAUGAUCGGAUAGAAUUAAUGAAUGCUCAGAAACAAAGAAUGAAGCAGCUGGAACACAGGAGAGCUGUGGAAAAACUUAUUGAAGAACGUCGCCAACAAUUCCUUGCAGACAAACAACAGGAACUAGAAGAGUGGCAGUUGCAGCAAAGGCGGCAAGGAUUUAUUAAUGCAAUUAUUGAAGAAGAAAGGCUAAAACUUCUCAAAGAGCAUGCUACAAACUUACUAGGCUAUCUCCCUAAAGGAGUAUUUAAAAAAGAGGAUGAUAUUGAUCUGCUUGGUGAAGAGUUUAGGAAAGUGUAUCAGCAAAGGAGUGAAAUUUGUGAAGACAAAUGAUAACAUCAAAAUUGGGUAAACCCUAGAUUUUUUGUAUGUUACCACUAGAUGUCAGCAUAACUUUUGUUUUACAGUUCAGCGGCAGUAGGAAUCCAUUGUCUAUUUGGAUUUUGUAAGUCAUCACUGAAUUUAUAACUUGUAAACAAUUAUCAGAUAAAAAUUAAUUUUAAUCAAACUGUUAUUUUUUGUACUGAUAAUUUGAAAAUCCGAUUUCUACC